GCAACCCCUGAACCAUCGUCAGAUCAAUGUCAUCAACUCCAAGCAGGGGAUCGACGAGGCCAGCCCAUUAUCAGAGAACCCAAACCUCUGGCACCAGACCACAGACCAGAUCACCCAAAUCCUCUCGCACCUCUCCAUCAUCAAAAUAAAAAAAAUAAAAAAAAAUAAAUCCCCUCGCCACCGCCGCCGCCGCCACCUCGCCCAAAUCCUCUCGCUCUCGCCCCGGUCGGCCGUUGUUCCCCACCCCCUCGCCGCCGGUGCCGCCAUGCUCAGGCUGCGUAGCCGCGUCCUCGCCCAUCUCCUCUCUUCUUCUCCAGCCACCUCCCCCGGAUCCCCUCUUCGCCGCCUCCUCUCCGCCAUUUCCCCCAACCCUAGCUUCGCCGCGCACGAGUACCUCGUCUCCACUUGCGGCCUCACGCCAGCACAGGCCGUCAAGGCCUCCGCCAAGCUCUCCCACCUCAAGUCCCCCGCCAAUCCCGACGCCGUGCUCGCCUUCCUCGCCGGCCUCGGUCUCUCCGGCGCCGAUGUCGCCGCCCUCGUCGCCAGGGACCCGCAGUUCCUCUGCGCCAGCGUGGAGAGAACCCUGACGCCCGUCGCCGCCGGGCUCUCUGGCCUCGGCUUAUCGCGUUCCGACAUCGCGCGCCUCGCCUCGCUGGCCGCCCACAAAUUCCGCCAAAAAGCAAUGGUCUCCAAGCUGCACUACUACUUGCGCGUCUUCGGCUCCUUAGACACCUUCCUCCGGGCCAUGAAGGGCGGCCAUCUCCUCUCACACAGCAUCGAGAGGGUGGUCAAGCCCAAUGUCGCGUACCUGCGAGAGUGUGGGUUGCAGGAUUGUGAUAUUGCCAAGUUUUGCAUCCAAAGACCAAGGAUGAUCAUUGCCAGUCCGGAGCAUGUCCAGGCGAUGGUGAGAUGUGCUGAAAGCAUAGGUGUGCCCCGUGCCUCUGGCAUGUUCAGGCAUGCGCUGCAUGCUGUUGCAUUUCACAGCGAGGAGGAGAUCGCAGCCAGGGUGGAGUAUUUGAAGAAAACGUUCAGGUGGUCAGAUGCCGAGGUGGGCAUCGCUGUUUCUAAGGCUCCAACCAUAGUUGCCAUGUCCAAGGAAUCGCUGCAGCCCAUGUCCGAGUUCCUCAUCUCUGAGGUGGGGUUGGAACCGGCAUACAUUGCUCAUCGGCCGGCACUGCUCACUUUCAGCCUGAAGGGCCGGCUAAGAGCCCGACACUAUGUUUUAAAGUUUCUCAAGGAAAAUGGAUUGAUAGAUCAUGGCCAGGACUUCUUUAAUACAGUCAUGGUUAGCGAGAAGGUAUUUAUGGAAAGGUUCAUAUGCCCUCACAAGGAAGCUGCACCUCAUCUUGCUGAAGACUAUGCAACCGCUUGCAGAGGGGAAGUGCCUGCCAGAUUCAGUUUUACAUGAAUCAAGACCGGUAUGAGAAUGGGUGAAAAUGUGCUGAAACUGGAUGUACAUGGUGUUUUUCUUUCUUCUUCCAGGAAACAAAAUGAAACAUGGCGGCUAUGGCUUUGCUGUGAUGUAUAUUAAUCUGAAGGCCCUGAAGCUUCAGUGACAAGUUAAAGAGUUGGAGCACGGCUUGCAUUGAGGAUGUCUUUGUUUGGUACUCAUGACAGCUCCUGGAUCAACUACAUAGUAGAGCAGCUUAACGUUGCAUCCGAUAAAUUGUGCUACGCUUAUCAGAUUGGUGCAGAAGCAAAUUAUUUCAAGGAAAAUAAAUCCAGUCAUUGUAAUGGCGGUUUUAGAAGAGAUGCUAAAGUUAAUUCAAGAGAUUUGAGAUGUGCUUAUGUUCUAUGAUUUUUCAUUCAAGAGGGGAAGAUAAAGAGGGGGCAAGAUGAAGAGGAAAAGUGGAAGAAGGAUAGCAACUAUGUGCCUGCUGUAACCGACUCUUCCUCACCUGACUACUACAACGCAGGCAGUUUCUUAUAAGCGGAAGAGGUAGGCACAAUGGGCAAUAUAGCGCAGAUGAUGUCACUUUCUAAUAAGAUGGAUUUGUGGUCACCGAGGGGCACGGGCCACGACUCGCGCGGCCUCUGCACCCUGGCGUCGAUCCGCCGUCUGCUGCCGGCCAGAGGUCACCGAGGGGCACGGGCCACGACUCGCCCGACCACUGCACCCUGGCGACGCAGGGCCAAAGGCGACGGCCGCGCUUCAUUAUCACCGAGAGGAGCGACGGCCGCCCACGUCGCCAUUGCCAUCGUCCUUCAGGUGCUCUUCCUGUUGCUCUCGUCGUCCCCCUCCUAGCCACUGAUCUGGGAUCUCCUCUCCGUUUAUUAUGGCAUGGCUUGCAACUGUACCAUAGAUUUGAGUGAUAGGAUUGUUGUGCAGACUAUAAUGUGGAAUCAAGAUUUGGUUGAGAGAGAGAGAGAGAGAGAUCUUGCUUUGUGUCCUGUAAUCAGAUUUAAAUGACACUCUAUUUAUAGUAGAUAGGCACAUGGUUCAUUGCUGUCUUGCUAGACCUGUGUGGCAAAUGCCAGUGUGUUUAUCUGUACAUAUAGCGGCCUCUUUGAUUUUUUCUUCCUCUAGGAGAUGAUGCUGAAAAUGAUCACAUUUAUGAAGUUAUGCUCUGCUUUGGCUCAUGUUUAUAUCUUAAUCCAAGAAACUGGUUCUCUCUUUUGUCAACGAGGUCCGUCAUGGUGGCGCUCUAGAAGGGGCGUGCUGAACCUGGACCGGCCUCUUCUCGGGCAGCAACGGCCUCUUCUCGGCAAGCACGGAUCGCAGGGUUGUCUUCCUCUCUGGACUCUUCCACACCGUCAUGGAUGCCGCAUACUAGGAUAUCCCUUUAGCUGCAGAAGCUCUAAAGAGCAAACUAAUGUGGCUUACGUUGUCACUGCUCCUCUUGGAUUGCAUGAGCUUAUGGUGGAUUGCAAAGAGGUGUCGGCUUGCGAUCGACCAUAUCUGUUCUAUCUACCCGGAGGCCGGAUCUCUCUCAGUUCACUCAGGAGCACCUUUGUUCUGCUGUAGCUCACAAUGUAAGAGGAGCACAUCCUAUCAGCUUAAAUCACAAGCCAUGGAGCAGAAUCGAUUUGACCAAUGGAAACAACUAUUGCAGACUUGGCUGGGGUAGACCCCUGCGACAUCAUGAACGAAGGCUCAAGAAGAGCCCAGCUUUGAAUUAACAAAGCCAUCAAUCGGCCAGGAGUGCAAGACUACAACUUACAACAAGAAAGAGGAAAGCGGAAAUAAAGAUACAAUGUGCUCAGCAGAACAACUCGAAGGCAAAGAGCACACACCACUCUUGCCAUCGAACGACGCAAAGCCGAAAACUAGCUAACCUACUGAGGUGACGGGAGGAGGGCACCACCAUGCAUGUUUUGUGUCGUUGGCUGCCACCAAAGGAUCGAGUAGUUCUUAUACAUCUAAUGUACAUGCUCUUUAUGCAUCUAUCAUGAUUUUAAGCUAUUAUGGUACGGCAUUGGUGUCAUCACGAAAAAGAUUCUGAAACUAACUCCUAAAGAUGUCAAACAGGGACAUGGAAAGUAUAUGAGGUCAAAAUAUUAUUCUCAGAAGAUGUCAGCAAAUCCAGUCUGGUGCAAGGCAAUAGUACCAUUCAUGUCCUAGAAGUUGUAGCUUCCAGCCUUUUAGUAACUACACAAAAACUGCCAAAGCUUCAGAGCCAUCAUGUACAGGUCGAGUUGCAAGAGGACCGUCUCAUGGCCUAUUUCAGUUGGAAACUUGCAUCAAGAUGUACUUGAGCUACAUUAAGUUUGAGGGCUAAUUUUCUGCGGAUUUGUAUGCCUUGAUCAGGUAUUAGGAUCAUGGUUAUUUGUGGUAUAUGUAUAGAGGCAUAUAGUGGAGAUUGAUGAGCAGCGCGACAUUACUC